CCUCUCCACUAUGGACAGAGCCUCUGCUGAGCAGCUGCCUGCCUGCCACAUACCCAGCUGAUAUGGAGACCAUCGGAGCUACGCAGCUGUACUGGGCCAUCCUGGGCUUCCUCCUCCUCCAAGGCCACAACUCCCAGCCAAUGACAAUCCAGACCUCCAGCCCUCAGGGAGCCUUCAGCAGUCUAAGUCUGACCCCAGAACCAAUUUCCCCCAACACAGCAUCUCCAAAGAAGGCCUCGCAGGCCCCCAUGGUAGCGAGCAAACCCGUAACGCUGAUGUCAAGCACCGUGGAUGGUCACUCCCCAUCCUCGCUGGGCCUGACUCGAUCCCAGCCACAGGAGCACACAUCAGGACUUGACUCAUCUCAAAAUGUUACUCCCAAUUCAAACACCAUGAACUUGAGCGCAAGGGAAGACUUGACCAUCCUGCCCAGCCCCACGUCACAGACUGUGCUCACUGUGGCUGCAUUUGGUGUUAUCAGCUUCAUUGUCAUCUUGGUGGUUGUGGUGAUCGUCCUAGUCAGUGUGGUCAGUCUGAGGUUUAAGUGCCGGAAAAACAAGGAGUCUGAAGAUCCCCAGAAACCAGGGAGUUCGGGGCUAUCUGAAAGCUGCUCUACAGCCAGUGGAGAGAAGGAGAGCAUCACCCUCAUCUCCAUGAAGAAUAUCAACAUGAAUAACAGCAAAGGAUGCCUCUCGGCAGAGAAGGUUCUUUAAGAGCGACUUUGGGUCCCCAUGGGAUAAAGCAGCUGCCCCGCCUGUGAGGAGGAAGAGAUGGGAUUGGUAGAGGCAAUGAACCACAUAUAAAUUAUUAUAUUGUUUUGUGUCUGCUCCCAGAUCUAAAGGACACUAGCAUUCCUCCAGAUCUGGGAGCAAGCUACCAGUAUGAGAGACAGUUUCCCAUAUGGAUAGCCACUCAAGAAAUAUGGCCUGCUCUUCCCACCUUCUCAGAGUCAUAGAAAAGAGCAAGGAAAACGAUGAGGUGGAUUGAUCCUUUCUACUUUGCAUUAAAAUUAUUUUCUGGCCUGCUCCCAUGCACAUUUCUUAACAGAGUGUUCCAGCAGCUAUUGGGCCUUCUUUCCUGGGCCACAGAUGCAUUCAAGUUUCUGCCCCUGUGGGCAGCUUUCUGAGAAACCUGGGAGAUGGAGGGGACUUUUUGUCAGGUUUGCCUUAGUUCACCUGAUUUAUUAAGUAGGGUUGAGGUGGAUGACUAACCACCCCAAUAGAAGACAGAAACAAGGGGCUAUAAACAGUGACCAAUCGUCACAGAUAAAGAAGUUUUAAAUUUGAGCACAAUGCAUUUUAACUAGGAAACUCCAGUGGUGACAGCUGAAUGAUAUGAGGACAAAUGUCCUCUGCCUGCCCCAGGAUAGACACUUUGGUCCUAGCCAUGAAACGAACACUGGGCAAGGUUUGCCAUGAGGAUAGGUCUGUGACUUCAUAAACCAAAAACCCACCACCCACCUGCUUUACUCCAUAUGGCUGUUAUCUUUGUGUCCUAGAAUAAAGGGCUGGCCUAUUAGCUCAAUUAGUUAGAGUGCAGCAUUAUAACACCAAGGUCAGGAGUUCAGAUCCCCAUACUGGCCAGCCACCAGAAAAGAAAAAAAAAAAAGAAUAAAAGAUUGCAGAAAUACUGUAAUUUAAGAAGGAGGAAAAGAAAGGAGGUAUGUUUCCUUAGUAAUAGGAAUGUAUGUCUACCAAGACACUGGUUUGGAAAUGAUUCUUUGUUGGGGACAAUCAAGGGAAGAGUCAUUUCUUUGUGUCUGCAGGGAGUGUUUAACUUUUAAGCAUCUGCUAAUCGGCAGUUUAGAAUACAGGGAGAACACACCUUGCCCAUUCUGAAGGAACAAUAUGCUAUUUUCUUCUGGUUUAGGCUUCACAAGGUGACAUGAGAGAGAAAGCCUAGAAUAGAAAGUUUCAUUCUCCCUGUCUCAUUAAAACUAUUAAAGUGAGGUUGAAAAAACCUACUGGAUUCUAAAAUCCUCUGAGGAGAGAAGAAAAAAAAAAAAUCCUCUGGGGCAGAGCCUGCUCAUGUCUAUAGCUCCUGUGUGACACUGCCCAGCACAUCCUAGGUGAUAAAAACUGGCUCGUAGUUAACAAAAAUCUGGACAUAAGACUGGUAUCUGCCACAGACUUGCAGCUUGACUGAUGAAAUCAUCCCCCUUCCUCGAGCCCAUUUUCUUUCUUUUAGUGAGGUGGCUGGACUACUUGGCCUUCACUGUCGUUUCUAGUUCUUAUAUCCACAGUUCUACAAACUUUAGAUGUAAGAAAAAAUGAACACAAUCUAUUGAGUAGAGAUCACACUGAGUGGGAGCCAGAGACAAGUCUUAGGUGAUUCAACAUUCUCCAGACUUCCAUUUCCCCAUGUAUUAAUGGGGGAGAAUGAUCCCUACCUGGCCCUGUCUACCUCAAAGGAAGGCCACUGGGUAGGUAAAAUGGAAUAAUAAAUGUAGAGAUACUUGGGAAGUAAAAGUACCAGUCAGCAAUUGUUGCAGAUAGCCUGGAGCACCACUGCCCGGGUCCCACUUCAGGACAAAGGCAUUUGUUCCCCAGCUGUUGGGAGUGUUGGCUGCUGAGGACUCACAGCUGAUUGAUGACUGGCUGUUGGGGUGUAGGGGUGGGGAUGAAGACCUGGACUCCUUGCCCCAAUUUCUCCCCCUGCCCAAACCUACAUCCCUCACUCCUAACAGUUGUCACUCCCAGGAGCACUCACCAAUAAAACUUUAUAUGCAAA